AUGGUGCACAACCUCUGCAGAGCUGUGAACGACUGGUUACGCUGUGCUGAAUGCGAUCCAAAUGUGAUGAGAAUAUUGUCCAUUCUAACUACCUGCAAUGCAACAUAUGAUGGGGUAGGAGGAGCCGUCUCGAACGAUUCAAUGCAGACUGAUGUCUCCACACCUGAUUAUGGUACGCCGAACUCCUGUUUUGGACUUGAGCAUUUCGACAUCCAUCACCCGGACUACUUAUACCAGAUUGGACAGAUUAUACUCGAAAUAUCUGCAAAUCCUCACUUGUAUAUAGACUGUCUAAAAAGUAAAGAUAUUUGGGAGUACAGCAUAUACGACCAAUUGUUUCUGGCCAUCUUCGGGGACCUGAACGUCACCGCGUAUAUGAUACAUCAACCAGAUGUGGCUGUACAUUUGCCUCUUUUGCUGGAGUGUAUAACAAACCGACCGUCCGACUGUACUUUCCCGACUCUACCCGAUCCAAACACAUACACAGUCCAGGAAAUGGUGCACAACCUCUGCAGAGCUGUGAACGACUGGUUACGCUGUGCUGAAUGCGAUCCAAAUGUGAUGAGAAUAUUGUCCAUUCUAACUACCUGCAAUGCAACAUAUGAUGGGGUAGGAGGAGCCGUCUCGAACGGUAUGUUAAAUUAA